AUGAUGCUUCUUCGUCUGGUCAAGCGAACCGCGCGCCGGCUGCUCAAGCCCACGUCGCUCGGCACCGGCAUCGGCGUGAUUCUAGGCUGUGUGCUGUGCCUGUAUCUAAUGCUGGCCUAUCGACUAGCGGAUGACCCACGCCUUGUCCCUGAUACAUUCCGACAUGCGCGACGUCCGAUUCUCAUCACCGCGCACCCGGAUGAUGAAACCCUAUUCUUUAGCCCUAGUAUUCUGUAUCAUGGCCAUGAGCCGGAUGUUGUACGAUCCUUGCUGGUGAUCUCCUCCGGAAACUUUAAUGGCAUUGGCGAAAAGCGCCAGACAGAGAUCCACAAUAGCUGUGCUGCCCUGGGCAUCGCCAAAGAUCACUGUGUCGUCUUGGACAAUCCUGAACUACAGGAUAAUCCCAAGAAAUGGUGGGAUGAAAAGUUGAUUGAGAAGAUCAUCUCUCCAUAUCUAGAGAAAUGGAAUGUGGAUCUGAUCAUGACUUUUGACCAGGGAGGUAUCUCUGGUCACAUCAACCAUCGUGCCGUCAGUGCUGGUGUCAGGGACUACGUCGCAACACAUCCCCAGGCGCCCCCAGCCUACGCCCUAGAAAGCACCUGGCUCUUGCGUAAAUACUCCUCACUCCUGGAUUUGAUCCCCACGGCGAUUCCAUUCCUGUGGAAGCUUGCUACCGCCCCUCUGGUGCCUGCCACCACCUCCAAGAUUGCAGAGCGAUCGUUGAGUCUGGGUGGUGGCAAGGAGAGAGUGCUCAUAGUGAGCUCGUGGAAGACGUAUUGCGAAUCACGAAACGCGUUUGGCCAACAUGAGAGUCAAUAUUCUUGGGAUCGAGUGUUGUACUUGGUCAUCAGUCGGUAUAUGUGGUUUAAUACCCUCGAGCGGAUAUAG